AUGUGGGACCCUUCUGAUCCAAUCGAACCGGGAACUAUGAAUGAGGAGAUUCUGUUCCCUCCCGGAUACACUCCCUUCUUCUCAAUCCAGACAUUUGUCUCCGUGAUUAUUCCAGUGUUCGCGUUCUUCAUCAUGUUUGCAGUAGUCAUAUUCAUGAUGUACGUCUACCGAAAAUUGUGCACUCAAUCGCCAGUUUUCGAGCAUAUCCUAUGCGAAGAUGAUGAUUUUCUGCCGAUUCCGAGACCAAUUACUCCGAGUCCGGAGCAUUUUCGUCGCAACUCGGCGCAGGCACACUAUCGGCUUCUCAUCAAGAAUAAAUUCGAGAAGGAAUUUGGAAAAUCACGAGCCGAAUCUGGAUUGUUGAUGCCUGUUCGCCUCAUUACUCCCGUUAUUGAAGAUGUCUAA